AACUACUGCAAAGCUAUACAUACCUGGUAUUUCCGCGGCUUAUAAUGUGUGUGCUGUCGUUUGUUAACGACUGGAGCAUGUAUCGGAUAUGUCGCUUGUAUAGUCUGCACUACGAAAUAAGACUCCUAGCUCUAGGCAGCUCUUGGGUAAUAUUAAUCUUUGGUACACGCACAUUUUCCAAUACUCUUGAAUUAGCAUUAUGCUCUCUACUACUGGCGCUUGUUGCCGAAUGCAUGAUCAAAACGAAUACGAUUGUGUAUAAGAAAGAGGUUCUGGAAGAGCGUUAUGAGAAGGCCAAAUCUAUAAGCGAACGCGUUAAAAUGUGGCGGCUAUCCAAAGCAUUGCCAGCGCAUAACUACACUCACACUUUACUCGUGUCCAGCAUUUGCGUGGCUGGUGUUUUUAACAGGCCCACAUUCCUGCUUUAUGGUGCGCCAACGGUAUUUUAUUGGAUGCUGCGUGGUAUGGGUACGAAAACCAUUACAUUCCGUGACUUCAAUCUGCGUAUGCUGGUAUUUUGUUUGAGCGCCUUACCGGCUCUUUCCUUUUUCAUAGUUUGCGAUUCAUUUUAUUACAAAUAUUUGACCGUUGGUGAGCUGCAAAUGCUGCAGUUGGGUAUAAAUAACUUUGUGAGCACACCUUGGAAUUUUAUCAAGUACAAUUUGGACUCAAAAAAUACUGCAGAGCAUGGGCUACAUCCGAAAUACUUGCAUAUUUUGGUCAACAUCCCAUUGCUGUACAAUGUGCUUGGUGUUGUGACGCUUGUAACGUUUGCACACCUCUUAAUUCGUUUCUUCCGGGCCGAAUAUCAAGGAUUGCCGCGCGCACAGAGCAUUAUUAGUUUAAUGUCCAGCGCUAUAUUUGUGCCACUCUUAUUUUUAUCGCUUAUAAAUCACCAAGAAGCACGUUUUCUGCUGCCGCUGCUUUUCCCUAUCGUCUUACUACAUGCGCCCAAGUUGUAUCAUGGACUAUGUCCAACCUACCCAUUCAAAAAGGAACAUCCGUUGUUGCGCAAAAUAUAUGAUUCGGUGCUAUCAACACGGGCUUCCGCCAAACCGCUGAUGAAAACCUGGUACAUGUGUAACAUUGGGCUCGCCGUCUUCUUUGGAUUUAUCCAUCAAGCAGGUGUAUAUCCACUAACCCAGCACUUUGAGGCCAUCAUGCAAACAAAAUCACCCGCCCAGCAUAUACAUCUCAUCACCACGCACAUCUACAAUAUACCACUGACCUUUAUUAAUGUUCCCAGUUCACAAGUGCUGCAUACCAAUCGAGAAACGGGGCAGCGCUAUCGGCGGCAUAAGGAUUUCUACAUAUACGAAUAUGGUGGGCUUAAAUGGCCUCAGUUAAUGGGCAAAAUUAAGUUGAUACUUUCACAUUGUGAAAUGAAAUAUACAACAAAGCAACAGAAAUAUCGGCUUUUUUUAGCGUUGCCUGCCGCGCUUAUUGACGACUUGACCACGGAAUUGAAGGCGGAAAGUGCAAGUUCGUAUAUGCGCCACCACCUGGUUCGUAUAUUCUACCCACAUUUGUCCACGGAAGCGUUGCCACGCUUGAAUGUUUGGCAUGAUACUUCAAAAGAUUCAGAUUCAAAGUUAAACUACAGCUAUCUGAGUGACAGAUUAUUAUCAUUCACGCGGGAGUUCGGUUUGGCGCUCUAUGAGUUACAACCGCAACGGAAAAGUCAAACGGAAAAACUACAAACUAACAAGUAAUUUUUAGCAAAAGAACAAAACUGACUUCAAUUCUCAUAUAAAUAUAUAAAUAUAUAUA